ACGGAGCCGUUCACGGAACCCUACUUAAAACCCAGCCAGCACAGUUUCCCCUCAGAAUUUCCGAAUUCACCUCUUUACUCUACGAUUCCUGCAUUUCCAGUGCGUACGUUGGAUAAAACAAGAUGGGGAGUGGAUUUAGAGUGCUUCAUCUUGUACGACCCUUUCUUUCAUUCCUGCCUGAAGUUCAGAGUGCUGACAGGAAUAUUCCCUUCAGAGACAAGGUCAUAUACACUGUGAUCUCUCUUUUCAUUUUCUUGGUUUGUAGCCAGCUCCCACUGUAUGGCAUACAUUCUACAACUGGUGCAGAUCCAUUCUAUUGGAUGCGUGUUAUUCUCGCUUCAAGUCGUGGGACUGUCAUGGAACUUGGAAUCACUCCCAUUGUGACGUCUGGACUGGUGAUGCAACUUCUGGCUGGUUCAAAAAUCAUUGAAGUGGACAACAAUGUCCGUGAAGAUCGUUCCCUUUUAAAUGGUGCGCAAAAAUUGUUGGGUAUCUUAAUAGCCGUUGGCGAGGCAGUUGCCUAUGUUCUCUCUGGGAUGUAUGGUACUGUUGGCCAACUUGGAGUUGGAAAUGCCAUUCUCAUCAUCCUUCAGCUUUGCUUUGCUGCUAUCAUUGUCAUGUGUCUGGAUGAACUUCUUCAGAAAGGAUAUGGUAUGGGUUCUGGAAUUUCCCUUUUCAUUGCGACAAACAUCUGUGAAAACAUAAUCUGGAAGGCAUUUAGCCCCACAACAAUUAACGCUGGAAGAGGUGCCGAGUUUGAAGGAGCCGUUAUUGCAUUUGUCCAUAAUCUUUUAACUAAAGAUAACAAGAUUCGUGCUCUCAGAGAAGCCUUUUAUCGACAGAAUCUUCCAAAUGUGACAAAUCUGCUUGCUACAGUCUUGAUUUUUCUAAUCGUUAUCUACUUCCAAGGGUUCCGAGUGGUUUUGCCUGUGAGGUCAAAGAAUGCCCGUGGACAGCAGGGUUCAUAUCCUAUCAAGCUCUUCUACACCUCUAACAUGCCCAUCAUUCUACAUUCCGCUCUUGUUACAAAUCUUUACUUCAUCUCUCAGUUACUGUACAGAAAGUUCAGUGGAAACUUCUUUGUGAAUCUCUUAGGCAAGUGGAAGGAAUCUGAAUAUUCAAAUGGUCAAUCCAUUCCUGUUGGUGGCCUUGCAUAUUAUAUCACUGCACCAUCGAGCUUAGCUGAUAUAGCGGCCAAUCCUUUUCAUGCGUUGUUCUAUCUCGUGUUUAUGUUGUCAGCAUGUGCAUUGUUCUCAAAAACUUGGAUUGAAGUCUCAGGGUCAUCUGCUAGAGAUGUUGCCAAGCAGCUCAGGGAACAACAAAUGGUUAUGCCUGGCCAUCGCGAGGCAAGCUUACAGAAAGAGCUGAACCGUUACAUUCCCACAGCUGCUGCAUUCGGAGGCAUGUGCAUCGGUGCACUCACAGUUCUGGCAGACCUUAUGGGAGCAAUUGGAUCAGGAACCGGUAUACUUCUUGCUGUAACAAUCAUUUAUCAAUAUUUCGAGACUUUUGAGAAGGAGAAGGCCAGUGAGCUUGGCUUCUUUGGAUUGUGAGCUUAGGCUUUGACUGAAGGAAUAGUAGCUUAUAUACCUUGCAAUAUGAUGAACAAAUGAUGAGAACACUUGUUAUGUGGCUUUAGUUACUUGAGAAGAGGCUUUAAAACUUCCCCUUGGUGUGUGUAAGUUCAAUGUUAAACUAUACCGUCAUAAGUCUAGUAUUGUAUAGUUCCGUCA